AGACAGAGAGACAGAAAUACACUCAGAGAGACGCACUGAGGCACACAGUGACAGAGAGAGAUACAUUUAGAUACACACAUAGUCACAGAGAGACACAGAUAGAGAAAGAUACACACUGAGAUAGUUUCAGAGAGACACACUGAGCACACACUUAGAUACACACUCAGUUACAGCGACUGUAAAAGAGACUGGAAUACACGCCAGAUAUACAGAGAUACCGUGAAAUUCCAUUAACUUUUAGCAGACACCUUUCAUGUACACAUAGGCACAGAGAUUCUUAAAUACACGCUUAGAUACGACGACAGAUUCAUUUAAAUGCACACAUUGACAUACCCAAAGUCAAAGUAAGUGAGAAUGGAAACAGUAAGUUAAAAGAACGCCGUUUCUGCAACUUCUGAGCAACUGGUGAACCCCGGAAGCAAGGCAGGAGAAAAAGAUCGUGCAGAAAGAAAAGGAUUCUUUUUUGAAUGAAGCAUGUUUUAGACCAGUUGUUGUUCUCUCUCCCAGCAGCGGUUUGCAGGAAGAUCGGCCCGUGUUAAUCUGAGGGGCUCUGUAGUGUGUCUCUCUGUAUGCUGGGAGAUCCCACCUUCACCUCCCGGAUCCCCCAGGCUCUGCAGGAAUGUAUGACCGAGCACCGAGGGAGACCAUUUUCGCCACGGCUCUGGGCAGCACUGGACCCAACGUGGGCCCAGCCUCUUACAAUGCACCAGGCCCCAAGUACUACUGCAUCUGUAAGGAAGAAGAUGGAUAUGCUCCCUUUAUGUCUUUGGUGAACCGUGAUUCUGUGUUCAAUGUUCCUAGUACUCUCCUGUCUCCAGGCCCACAACACUAUGACAUUACACCAGUUCAGGAACACAUCAAAGGAGGGCAGAGCAUGAAGAACAAGGAAGCUCGCUUCAAAACCGUUGCAGAUGACCUCCCAGGACCUGGCACCUAUGAUAUCGCCCCCAUGCGGUUAGCUGAGAAAUCAAUCAAAUCGUUUAAACCACAUUGCACAGCAGUGUCAAGCUCACCAAUCAGUGUCCCAUCAAUCCCUUCAUCAAAUCAGUCCUUCGGCUAUGAAGAAGCUGAAGAUGGAGCUCUGUCCAAGCAUUUGCCUCCUUCCAAAGAUGGAAUCCUCGGUCCUGCAUAUUAUAAUCCACAAUAUAAUGAGCCAUACCCGACUCGGCAGUACAAAGGAGUGCAUUUUGGUAACCGCACAUCGAAACGCAUUGAUUUUAAAAUUCGUGAAGGCCCUGGACCGGGGACGUAUGAUCUCCUGAAGGAAAAUACUAUUUAUUGUGAAAAUCUGAACAUGAAGAAUAAAGAUCAGAAAUACGAAUCUCACAUCCCCCGAUACCUUGAUGCAGUUGUACAAGAGGAGGAAAAGAAGGGCUUCCCUGGACCUGCAAAAUAUGAAAUAAAAAGCUUGUUUGGUGAGAAGACCAGCCCCCACGAUAAACUGAGUACUCCACAUCCACCGUUCUUGUCUCAGACCAAGAGGUUUUUGCCUGUGAAAUCCAUCACCCCAGCUCCUGGAUGGUACGAUGAUCCACGGACUGCUCUCCAGUCCUUGAAGAGGAUAUCGACGAAAGGCAAAACCGCUUUCGGUCAUAAUGCUGCGAGAUUUGUUGAGGAUUGGCGCACAGCUGAAGAGCCAGGUCCGGGGACCUACAACAUCACGAACCACACUCUGGCUCGAGAAAGUGAAAGGAAAACCAGUUUAGAGAACUCAUUAAGAGGAGGAUUUGGAUCAACAGUUCCCCGUUUGAAAUCUGACAAAUCGAAACAAAACAUGCCAGGUCCAGCUGAUUAUAAGAUUCAAGAAAAAAGUCACCACUUCCACAGAAAACUGAGGACUUCAUCCUUUGCUUCAAUGGCAGAGAGACUCCCUGUUACAGGAAUGCAGGAUCACCCGGCACCAGGUUCCUAUGAAGUGCACAGGUCCUACGAGAGGACGCAAGGCAGAGGAUACAACACCACAAGUGAAUUUGCAUGCAAAUCUUUCCUGACUACUGUACCACGGAGUGUUAAGAUAGCUCGGCAGAGUGCAGAUGAACCUGGACCUGGCGCAUACAAACCCAUUCUCAAGUCCGCACCCACGAUGGCAUUAAUGAUUUCUAAUCAACCGCGAUUUAAAGACCCGAAUAUUCGCACUCCUGGUCCUGCAGACUAUGAGCUCAGUCCCGCUGUCAUGGACACUGUUCUGAAGGGUACGUUCAAUGCUACUUUAACCAAUCCACUCCUGAACCCGCUGCCAAUUCCAACGCAUCCUGACCCGCCAUUAUUCCAGGACAUCUGACCCAGAUCUGACCUUCAAAUCAUGUCAAAUGAUUAAGGUAAACAGAUGAAGGGAAGUGGAGUAUAUUUUGAGGACAAAGAGAAACGUAUACUGACUCUUCACAGCUCUCAAAGAAAAUGCCUUAAAGUACUUCAAAUGGAAGAGUUUCUUCAAAAUGAAGCAGCUGUCCCCAAGUAAGCUUUCAGCGUUGUCUUAAUUUGAUGCAGAUUAUUUUGCCUGUUUGCACCUACCUGACUGAUCUCCCAACUGAAAUGGACUAGUCGGAGCCACACUAAAGAAACAAGACUGUCGAUAGGACCUUGAUCCUUUUUUUGAUGAUAUUAUUAGUUAAUCUUCCAUGUCAUUAUCCAGGAACAGAACUAAUAAAUAAAUUGCAUCUCUCUCAUCCUUGCCUUUCCGUAUCUCUGUAAGCGCUUGUCUGAUUUUGCCUGAAGGUUUCUGUGGUGGGACUCGCAAUCUCUCUUUGGGUCUUUCAGGCCUUUGCCCCUUCAGUUUCAAUUGCAUCCAGUUUCUCCCUUCUUUCAGCUCUGAAUCCUCCAAGGGGAUGGUGUCCUUUCAAUUCUUUCCCCUCCCAGUCCCAAUUCGGUCCCAGCAUCACCCAAUUCCUUCACCUCACUGUGCCUGAUCCCUAAUUUCUGGAAUUUCUGUCUUAAACGCUUCAGCUCUCUACUUCUGACUCUCUUCUGGAAGUCACUCCUUUAAAAACUACUUCUUCCACCAAAUGUCUUCCCAGCUAGUAGAUAGGUGCUAGAUGGAUGAAAUGGACAGGAUGGGCCAAAGGGCCUCUUUCUGUUCUCAAAUUUCUGAAUGGACCUCACAAAUUUCAAAUCUAAUGUUGAUCUUGCUUUUUAUUCAGCUUCUCUGCAGCUGUAACUUUGCGUUCUUCGCUCUGUUUUAUUGCCCUGUGAUCGUUGAAUGAAGUCACACAGCGCCAGGGUAUAGUCCAACAGGUUUAUUUGAAAUCACAAGCUUCCAGAGCACUGCUCCUUCAUCACCUGACAAAGGAC